AACACUCGGUAAACGGCUUGAAAAUGGACGAUCGUGUGGUAGAUUUGAUUUUCGCAGGUUCUCUGGAGAACCUGCCGCCUGUCAGUUCGAAAAUCGUCAGGAUUUUCACCAGUUCCACCUUUACCGAUACAACAAUGGAAAGAAACACUUUGAUGGCAAAAUGUUAUCCUAGGAUAAAGGACUAUUGUCGAGAGAAACACGGGCUUGAAUUCCAGGUUGUAGAUAUGCGAUGGGGUGUGAGGGAUGAAGCUACAGACGAUCACAUGACAACUGAACUUUGUAUGAAGGAAAUUCAAAAUUGCCAGAGGCUCUCUAUGGGCCCUAAUUUCGUGGUUUUUCUGGGACAGAAAUAUGGAUAUAGACCUAUACCAACCUACAUCCUUUCGUCUGAGCUUCAAAUGAUAAGGGAUGAACUUGCAAACACCGGUUGUGACCCUACAAUAAUUGACACUUGGUACAGAAAGGACAGCAAUGCUGUGCCACCAAUCUCAGUUCUGCAGCCGAUAUCUUCCAUCCUCAUCAACUUUAACAACAAGAGAGUUCCGAAACUUCAAGCAGAAGAUCAAGCUAAAUGGUGGGCCACUUUGGAAAAAUUUCAGAAGCUCUUUCGAAAGGCAGCUUCGUCCUUGCACCAGCAAGGAAAGAUGGAUGAUGAUGCCAAGCACAACUAUUUCAUGUCAGUUACUGAAAGAGAAGUUAUCAAUGGAAUCUUGAAUGUGAAGAACACCAAAAACCAUUGUUUAGCUUACGUCAGAUAUAUCAAUAAUAUAAAUUUGCAAAACUUGAAAAAGGCAUCCCUUUUUGUUGAUAUCAUUAACAGAAGUCUAGACACAGAGUCUGCAAAAUUACUGGGUAAUUUGAGAGAUGAAAGACUGCCCAAUAAGAUUGAAACAAGCAACUAUCAAAAGUACAAUGUCGAGUGGAUAGGAAGGGAAGGCCUUGAUCCUGAAACACAUGAUGAAUAUUUGAAACAUUUCAUAUCCCAUUUCUACAAGAACAUAGUGAAGCUUGUGGAUAGAGCAAUGAGAAAGGAGGAUUCUAGUGCCCAGGGGCAGAUAGUUACAGAAAUAUUGCAGCACUUACAUGCUUGCAAUAAUUCUGUCAGAGUAUUUUAUGGGAGAGAAGAUACGCUAGAACUGAUACAUCAGUAUAUGGUUCAAGAUUCAGAUUCUCUUUUGAUAUUGUACGGGGAAGGAGGCUGUGGGAAAACAUCUCUACUCGCCAAAGCUGCCAGUAUGUGUACUGGUAAAGACUGGUUUAAGAAAGCAAAACCAAUAAGCAUAAUAAGAUUCCUAGGAACAACACCAGAUUCUUCAGCAUUGACCCCUACUUUGAUAAGCAUUUGCCAGCAGAUAUCCUACAACUUCAUGCUACCCUUUGAGGGAAUACCAGAUGAUCUUGUUCCUUUAACAGCACACUUCAAACAGUUGUUAACCUUAGCGACAAAGGAACAGCCACUUCUUCUCUUCCUAGAUUCUGUAGAUCAGUUAACAGGAACUCAAGAUGCGAAUAAAGUAUCUUGGCUACCGACAAGACUACCUCCUUAUUGUAAGAUUCUUGUUUCUUGCGCUUCAGAAGAGGAUAAUCCUGAAGUUUCUCAGGAAUAUCAUAUUCUGCGUAGAAUGGUGGACAAAGAUGAGAAUUUCAUCGAAGUUAAUGCCUUGGGCGAAGAUCUAGCCAUGCAAGUGAUUAAGAUGUGGAUGAGAACUUCUUGUCGUGAUCUCACAAAUUACCAAUGGCGUUUGGUAUCAAAUGCUAUCGAUAAAUGCAGUCUACCAAUCUUUGUCAAACUGGUGUUUGCUGAAAUCUGCAGAUGGAGGAGCUACACCAAAUCUGCCGAUACUCACUUGGCCAACACUGUCAUGGAUUCCAUCAUGAUGCUGUUCGAAAGAAUUGAGAAACAACACGGUAGAAUUUUGGUAUUCCAUGCCUUGGCCUACAUAACCGCUGCCAAAAGCGGAUUGUCAGAAUCGGAACUUGAAGAUCUCAUAUCUCUUGACGACAAAGUGCUAGACGACGUAUACCAAUACCAUCUUCCACCAGUUAGAAGAAUACCACCCUUACUAUGGACAAGGAUAAGGAACGACUUGCCAAAUUACUUAUCAGAAAGAGAAGCUGACGGUGUCAGCGUCAUGAACUGGUACCACAGACAAUUCCGUGAUUCGGCCAAGGAAAGAUACUUCAAGAAUAUGAAUAUGGCGACGUACUUUCAUUCGAUGAUCGCCGAUUACUUCUUAGGUAUUUGGGGUGGUGGCAUACCCAAGCCUUUCAAAUACACUGAAAUUCAAAGACACAGGUUCAACCUGACCGAUAAAGAAGGAGUGGCAGACAGAAAAGUACCUGUCCAACCUUUGGUGUUCUAUUCCAAAGAUGGCAAAAUAUCAAGAUACAACCUGAGAAAGUUUGGCGAGUUGCCUUUUCACCUGGUUCGCUCAAGAAGAUUCAAGGAUCUUUACGAAAACGUACUCUUCAACUACGAAUGGUUACACGCCAAGCUCUCCAGCUGUCCACUGCAAGCAGUCCUGUCAGAUUACGAAGACGCGAGUGGCAACAUCGAAAACAAAGACUCCAGGAGGGAGCUCACGUUGGUGGCUGAUGCCCUACGUCUGGGUGGGGCAGUCUUGGGUCAGCAUCCCAACAUGUUAGCGCCGCAGUUGAUUGGCAGGCUCCUGCCUGAGGUAGCCAAAAAUCCGAAUAUAAAGAUGUUGCUGAACGACUGUGACAUCAAGGGUCCAGCACAUUGCGCUUUGUUGCCUGUUUAUCACUGUUUACACACUCCUGGAGGGCCUUUGAAGUAUUCUCUAGAAGGGCAUCAAUUUGCUGUAUUCUCCAUCUGUCUCACCAGCGAUUACCGCUACAUAGUGUCCAUUUCUAACAGAUUCAUCACUUGGGAUCUUUCCACCAGCGAUCUCACCAGAGACGUAAAUCCAAACAUUGAAGGUAUCAUGCAGCAACUAUCCCUUAGUCCAGACAACAAAUGGGCUGCUGCCUACACGAAUAACAACCAGACAGUCCUGCUGAAUAUGCUUUCGAGUGAGUUCAUAGUUUUCAAUAACCCUCUGGAGGAAGGAGAGAAUAUUGUUGGAGUAGAUUUGCUCAAUUACAGCCUCUUCAUUUAUGGCAGUAAGAAUUGGGUAAGGUUCGAUAUGAGGGGAGAGAAGGAAGGUGUGUUCACCAAUACGGUGGAUAAAAACGAGUGGACAAUCCUAACGAUGGAAUUCGACAAUAAGACAACCUACAGAACGAUCUAUUGGAAAUGUGAUUUGGACGAUGACAAUAUGCUUUUAUUGUCGCAUUACGAUGGAGUUGAUUACGAACCUUUGGAAUUCCACAGUGCUUUGGUGUUCAACAAGGACAAGGAUUCCAUGUACGCAUGCACUACUGAAGGCUCGUAUUGUGUGUCCAAGUACGUCAAAAAUUGCGAAACCAAAAGGUGGGAAAUGGAGGAAGAUCUACCCCGCUGUAAGAACGAUAUAAAAGAGACUCUGCUGCAGUUGAAACUAGAUAAACAAGACGAGGUACUUUUCGCUACCACAAGUAACGGAUUCGUUGUGUGGUACCUGAACAAAGACGCUGAAAAUCAAAACGCACUGUUUCUUCCACUACCUUACGGCAUUAGAAACAUCACAACAAGAAUGCUACAGUCGAACUCCAUAAUGCUAAGCGCCCACAAAAACUAUGCCAUAGCAGGAGUUAGGAAAAACCUGUACGUCUGGAGCAUGGAGUCCCAGAAGCUGAUGAAGGUACUGGACGCCCAUUUCGCCAGAAUCGUGCAGCUGGAACCUUUGACCAUCGGAAACUGGAACUGCAUCGUUACAUCCUCCAUCGACAGGACCGUCAAGGUCUGGAACAUCAACAACAUAUUCGAACAGGUCCACGUGAUCGAUAGGCACGAGUUGCAAAUAGACUCCAUCAGCCUGUCGAACGACCUGAGCUUGGCUGUUACGGUUACCAGGAAUUGCGUUGGCGUUUGGAACCUGAGGAUAGGGAAGCUGAUAGCGAAACUUGCAGACAGUCCUCUAGGGGCUAUCGUUACCCAUGCUUGCAUAACUCCCGAUGGAAGGUACAUAAUUUCCGCUGAAUCUGGAAACAUCCUCAUUUGGCUGAGAAUGACCGAAAUGGUGACCUUCAAAGAAGAACAGCCUGGUAUCAAGCAGCUAACGCUCAUCGAAGACGGGGCUAAGGUAUUAUCAAUAUCCAAACCUACAAACCCAACAGGGACCGACGUUGUAAGGACAACAGCCACAGUUUGCGUCAGGGACGUCCCAAGUGGGGAGAUGGUUUACAGUUUCGAGUACCCGGUGAGAAGCUUCACCGGCGUACCAUUCAGGCAAGCCAUCAUAACUUCCGACGGUCUACACAUGGUGCUCUGCGCGGCCGACAAGACCAACAGAGAUUGCAUCAUAGUCCACAACGCCCUGACCGGCCAAUUCGAACAUAAGAUCACUUUGAAACAGAGUGGCAUCAAAGAUUGUAGCGGGCUGAUAGCGAUGCCACAUAAGGGUCAUCUAAUAGCUGUUAUGACACCUGACAAAGGCGCAAUUUACGAUAUAAAAAAUAAGAAAUAUUUGAGGUCAAUACCCAAAUGGGGUGGAAUGGUAACUAAAGACGGUAAAUACGGUUUGUACGCACCGCAGAGGGGUGGGUUGGAAUUAUUGGAACUAAAGAAGGGACAGAGCGUCAGAACUUACAUACCAAGAGUUGCAGAAGGAGUGUUCAGUAUUAUAUGUCUGUUCAACAAAACUGACGAAUACGUGUUGUAUUAUCACAAUGGAAGAAAAACUUUGAGGGUUUUCAGGACAAAUGAUGCGGAAAUGAUAGCUAAUUAUAGGGUUCAAGCUGAAUUAACAGCUAUUGAGAGUACGCCAGAUGGUAAAGCUUUGGUUUUGGGGACCGUAGAUGGUUGCAUGUCUGUACAAGCCAUACUUGAUACCAAGAAGGGAGAUGUUACAGAGUACUUAGCUGAAAUGCCAUCUAGAGAUGAAGAGUGGGCCAAGAAAGUGGAUAAAAUGAGGGCGCAAACCAGAUUCAAAGCUGCAACUUCUAUUGUUAAACUGUCGACGCUAUUUAAGCCAGAUAAUAAUAACAGUAAUAGUCGCGCAAUAAUUUCAGCAUGAUGUUUUUAGCAUAGGCAAUAAAUGGAGAGCUUCUCGUUAUCACAAUGUUAUUUUUAUAGAAGUUGAUAGGAAAUAAACAUCUUAAAAAAACAUUCUUCUUUCAAUUGGCCAAAGACUUGAAUUAAUACAACAUAUACCUACCCUUUUUGCUGUGUUUAUAAAGACCUCAAGAUAUUUGUACGAGUCAAAGACUCACCCUGUAUAUUGUUUCGAAAGUCAGCAAUACCUAACCUAUCAUUCUCUCCAACGAAUUGUCAAAAUCGUUCGUUACCAUUGGUUGCCAUAGGGCAGUUUGACAGCCGUCCUGUAACCAAUGGCAACCGACGAUUUUGACAAUUCCUCGAGUGUCAAUCCAAUUUCUAACCUGAAAAAGGAGCGAAAAGCACAUACAACAACAUUCUUUUUUGAAACAACUUUUUAUUGACAAACUGUUAUAUUCAGUCACAUACAUGAACGAAUGUUGUACAAUAAAUUACAUAUAGUUGGCAUACGAUUAAACUUUGUUGCUGUACUUUGUCCGCGAAGGUACAAAAUCAAAAUUGCUAUAAGAUUUGUGUAAAGUGACUAUUCAAAAUAUCUUUCUUAUCCUAGCAGUCAUUGCAUGAUUUCGUUUUCGUUUCUAUUCAAAAAAUAAAUUAGGAAAUACUAGAUAAUACUAUAAAAUUUCACACAAUUUAACCUGCCUAACGGACUGUUGUUCAAAACAGAAGGGUCUACGUUCGGAAUAUCUCUCAGAUAUUUCAUACCCUGAUUAGGUUCCUUUCAUAAAAUAAUCUCUAAGUGAUAAUAUAGCCUCAUACGAGUAAUAUGCCGAAUAUAGACCUUUACUGGUAUCCUUGGUUGAGGUUAGUUAUUGAUACAGGUACUACCAACAGUUUCAUGAAAUGAAAUAAUCUAUCCAAUCUAAAAUGAAGUGAAAAGAUGGACAUAAAGGCACCACACAUUGUAAUGGAAUGUUUGGCACGCUCGAAAA